AUGAGCGAAAUAAAGCUCACCUCUGACGAGUUGAGGCAAAGGGUCCUCUCAAAUACAGGGGCGGAUGGACACCUCAAGACUGGGGAAUUCGAAAUCGAUGCGCGGACCGUUGCGAUUCUAAGCAAGAGACACCAGAUUAGUAAGAACUUCGGCUUUACGUCUAUGUUGAGUUUCUCUACGACGGUUCUAGUGUCUUGGGAAGCUUUCGCAGUAACUUUUCAGGGUGGCCUGGUCAAUGGAGGCCCUUCGACUUUGGUAUAUGGAUUGAUAUUCUCAUUCUUUGGGUCUCUGGCAACCGCGGCUUCACUUGCUGAGAUGGCGUCUAUUUCACCCACUUCAGGAGGUCAAUAUCACUGGGUCGCAUUGCUGGCACCUCGUCGCUACGCCGUACUCUUUAGUUGGUUUGCUGGAUGGAUCACAGCGUUUAUGCGAAUUGCAGUAACCGCCAGCGUCGCCUUCUUAGCAGCGACGAUGAUUCAGGGGCUAAUCAUUCUGAACUACGCCGAUACGUACGUACUCCAGCAAUGGCACGGUACGUUGAUGUACUGGGCUGUUACACUCUUCAUCGUCCUAAUUAACAUAUUCGGCGUUCGAUUCUUGCCUCAUAUUGAGACCUUGGCUUUGGUCUUACAUGUGGUCUUCUUUUUCUGCGUUCUGAUACCGCUGGUGCACUUAGCCCCGCAUAGCUCUCCUGAAUAUGUAUUUCGAACGUUCGCGAAUGACGGUGGUUGGAAAGGUGAUGGUAUUUCUUGGUGUAUUGGCUUGCUGACGUCUACAUAUGCGUUUUCUGGUGUUGAUGGGGCUUCGCAUAUGGCCGAAGAAGUGGAUAACGCAGCGAUAGUAGUCCCGCGAACUAUGAUAUGGAGCAUUGUUGUGAGUGGAGUUCUAUGCUUUGGAAUGAGUAUAGCGAUUCUAUUCAGUAUCGGAGAUGCGAAUGCGGCGUUGGAAAGUCCGACAGGAUUCCCGAUCAUUGAAAUUUUCUUCAAUGCUACUAAGUCUUACGCAGCAACGAAUGCGAUGGUUUCGGCUUUGAUUAUAUCGAUCUUUUUCUCUGCCUUGGGUUUACUUGCAUCCGCUUCUCGGCUCAUUUGGGCUUUCGCUCGUGAUGAUGGGUUACCGUUCCCUCAGUACUUUUCCCAUAUUGACGCUCGAUUCGGAAUACCAGUCCGCGCUCUCUUAUGGAGCGCCUUCAUAGUGGUGAUCCUCGGCUUGAUCAACCUAGGAUCAACCACUGCGUUCAAUGCGAUGGUAUCACUGGCUCUACUCGGCCAAUACACAACAUAUGUACUUCCUACGAUUUUCAUUCUUAUUCGGCGCAUACGUCCAGGCAAGAAUAUCCCAUUUGGUCCGUGGGAAUUGGGCAGAUGGGGCAUUCCGAUCAACCUGUUCACCAUUGCCUUUUCGUUCCUAACGAUCGCAUUUAAUGUGCUCCCACCUUAUUUCCCCGUAACUGCUACGAACAUGAACUACGCCGGCGUGGUAUUCGGAGCAGCGUUAAUUAUAUGUGCUGUGUUGUGGGUUUUCAAAGGGCAGAAGCACUACGCAGGACCGAUUAAAGAGGUUAUGGAGAAUAGGAAUAUACGGUCGGCGCUUUUAAGGCAGGGAAUUGAAGCCUCACAUAACCACGAUGUAAAAAUCGUGGCUGCUUGAAUUGAGGAUCUUUUAUUACUAAAGACUAAACAGCGCAUAUCUGCGGCAAAGCGUACCAAAAGGAAUAGCCAAUCUUUGCCUGGAGAAUGGAACGUCAGCAUCUUCCCCCGCUUUCAUAUUACGAAUACGAUAUUACUAUCUCGAAUAUUUUUAUUAAGAUAUUUCGCAUUGAGUAUAUUAGCUUUGCCAAUGGGCAGUCUUAGCAAUGGGUUC